AUGGCUUUCCGUGCUUUGACUACCAAGGCUGCUGCUAGACCAUUGCUAGCAUUGGGCCCUCGCAGUGUUGCGAUGGGUGCUCGCUACAUGUCCACCCCAGCUCCUCAGGAUCCUAAGAGCAAGGCGGCGGCCAUCCUGGACUCUCUGCCAGGUAGCACUGCGCUAUCCAAGACUGGUAUCUUGGCUACCUCUGCAGCAGCCGCGAUAUACGCCAUCUCCAAUGAACUGUAUGUUUUGAACGCUGAAACCAUUCUGUUGUGUACCUUCACCGGCUUUUCGUUCUUGAUCGCGAAGCUAGUCGCACCAGCUUACAAGGAGUACGCUGACAAGAGAAUGCAGCAUGUUUCUGGUAUUCUAAACUCCUCCAGAAACAAGCACGUCGCUGCUGUCAAGGAAAGAAUCGAGUCUGUGUCUGAGUUGAAGAACGUCACCGAGACGACAAAGGUGCUGUUCGAGGUUUCCAAGGAGACUUUGGAACUUGAGGCCAAGGCCUUCGAGUUGAAGCAGAAGGUUGACCUAGCCACUGAGGCGAAGGCUGUUUUGGAUUCGUGGGUGAGAUACGAGGCUUCUGUGCGUCAGCUACAGCAGAAGCAGAUCGCUGAGUCUGUCAUCGGCAAGGUGCAGGCUGAGUUGGCUAACCCUAAGUUCCAGGACAAGGUGUUGCAGCAGUCUGUCGCUGAUGUCGAGAAGCUAUUCGCCAGUUUGAAAUAA